UUUUUCUCCACGAAACAACAAGUCUCAAUUUACUCUCCACACACCCCGGAAAGGGCCAUUACUAGACGAUUAUUCAUUGAAAACAUCAGUCGCUUCUGUGCUAAUUAACCCAUAAUUAACGUAACCUGAAUGGUCCUCUGUAUACGUAAGGACGUCGUUGUUCAGAAACUUGUGUUAUAGGUGUAGUUCCUUGUUCUUCUUUGGUUUCUUUUUUCUUUUCCUUCUUCAUUUGUUUUUUUCGCGAAAUUUUCAAGAAAUCGCGGACUUUACUUGACCCCGUCUAUUGUUCGAUCGCUUUCACUCUUUUAUUAUUAUUAUUAUCGUUGUUAUUAUUUUCUCCGUUCAAGAUGCGUUCUAAUUCUAUUUUUUCAAAAGACAUCAACGAAGUGUCGGCAAUACGUUCAGCCGUGUCAGAUCGCUCAAGUUCCCGGUGUUCGGAAACCUCGCAGAAAAAGAAGAAGAGAGGUUUUUUUCGUUCUCUGUUCUCCUCGUUUAAACCAUCCUCAACUAGUACACAGUACCGUAACCGGAUAUGGCUCGAGUUUUAUGAAGUCUGUCUGCGGAAGGAUGACGUUGAUCAUUUCCGACCGGGUUACUGGGUUCUUGACACAAAUAUCGACUUUUACUUUGAGAUAUUACAGUAUCGCGUGCUUUUGCCGCGUCCUGCCAGCGUUCGGGAUGAGUUUCUACUUAUGCGUCCUGCAAUGGUUUAUUUCUUGUCGCAGGCUCCAGACCCUAGAGAGAUCGCCGGCGCUCUUCCUCCUGAGUUAAUGAAGGCUUCCUACCUAUUUCUCCCUAUUAACGACACAAGCGAGAGCGGUAUCGAGGGUGGCUCCCAUUGGAGUUUAUUAGUCGUAUCCGUGGAGCAAGGCGUCGGCUAUUAUUAUGACUCCAUGACAAAUGGAAAUGCGAACGACUGCAAUCUUGUUGUCCGGAAUCUUUCGAUUUUGUUAAACAAAAGGUUCACCAUCAAGCAGAUGAAGGUGCCUCAGCAGGUCAAUGACUGUGAUUGCGGUCUUCAUGUAUGCGAGAACACACGGAUCCUCUUAUACCGCCUACUUCAGAAACCUUAUGUCAGCAAGGUCGAUAUGAACUUGGAGGGUACACAAGUUGAUACGGUGAAGCUGCGCAAGGACUUGAUGCGACUUAUUACACUACUGAUCAUGCACUAUGGCACUAAAAUUCCAAAGACGCAAGAUUUUCGACCCGAUCCCGUUAAAGAUGCUAAAAUAUUCUCUCUCCUCGACCGUCCUGAAGUGAUGGAAGUCGAAGCUUUGUAUACAAAGAAUUCGUCAUCUACUCCUACGUCGUCUUCGGCUGUUCAUUCUGGCAUAGCUACUGACGUUUCUGUGCCGGCACCAGUCCUUCAAACCUCUGUUCAUUGAUUUUUUUUCAGGCGCUAUGCGUCGUUGCGUACACACUACAAACGCAAAAUAUUGACUGUGUUUACUAUAAAAGGUGCAUGCAAACCACCAUUUUUCAUGCAUUCAUUUCACCGCUUGGUUUUUCGCUCUACAAAGGAUAUGCAUAAGCCCACGCCUCCUCUCUGGCACCCGACGCUCUUUACCCCCAAGUUUUUUGUUAAUGCAUUACAAGCUCUUGUGUGCACAUAGAAUAUGCGCAGGUGCACACAGCUGUUGAAGAAAGCACUUUUCAUUUACUAGCAAUGCUCGCAGCGAAAUUGAAACACCUACCACAGCGCUGUAACAUGUUUUUUCUCCGUCCCAAUCAUCUGCUCUUACGUCCCACACACCCGCUUUCCGUUUUCGCCUUCUUUUUGUUUUGGAUUCUAUCUGUAAGUUUUGCUCAAGUCGUACCAAUUGGCAAAAGCAAUAAACAUGAUCGUUGCCAAUGUAUACUUGUUGGUAAUUGAAUGCUGUCCUUUGUUUUGGCCUCUUAUUUGUCUUCCUUGUUAUUAAACCUGGUUUCCAUUGUAAUUAUGUAAUAUAUUUUAAACUAAUUGUUUGUAUAGAAAUGAGUUGUUGCCGAGCGAGUUUGUAGUGGUGACCGGUGUGGUAGAGAGAGCACCGAAGGUGAAUAGCACACGUUUAUAGCUUCGCGUCCGGCUAUUUGUGUUCUC